GCACUUUCCUUAAAAAAUUUACGUGUCCUUGCAAUAAGCCAUUCAUUUUGAAACCAAAGAGAAGAAAAAAUGAAGAAGAAAGGAAAGAAGGAGAAGAAGGCACGCAAGAGUAAAGCUUUAAAUGAAUUUGAGACCGUCAAUUAUGAACAGCAGAUUCUCGAGAACAAUCGACAGUUGGCAAGACUGCGGUCCCGCAACGAGGAGCUAGAAGUCGAGGCGGAAAGCUUGAAGGAGAAACUCGCCCAGCUGGAGGAGAACAAAGCUGACUUGACGUCGCAUUUGGAGCGAGUUUUGCAGAAAAAGGUCGAGGAAGCUCAGGAAUUGCAAGAGAGGUUGACUGCACUGGAAAAGCUGCGCAAGGAGGAGCAGCAAGCCUUUGACAAGAGAGAGCAAACGCUGGAGCAGGAGUUCAAAACCAUGGAGAAAAAUCUCAGCGCGGAGAUCAAGCUCGCGGCGGGGAAGCUGAGCGUUCUGGAAGAUUGGCGUUUGGCCCGCAUCGAUCUGAUGAAUAAGUUCGAGGACCAGGAGAAACGGAUGGCCGAGCAGGAAGCACGUCAUAAAGAGACGCUGUACGAGACGGAAAAGAAGCUGAUCAUCGGCAAAGCGCAAAUGCAAAGGGAGCUGGAGAAAAGGCUGACCGAGCUGUCGGAGCGUUUCCGCGAGGCGACGAGCCUGCGCCUGGCGGACGCCACGCAGCGCGCCGUCCGCGAGAAUGCCGCGCUGCAUCGGGAACUCAACAGCCUGUUGAGGCACUGUCGCCAGCUGGACUCGCAGGUCGAAGACUACAAGGAACGCGAGCGCACUCUACGCCUGCAGGCGUCUCUCAGCGAGACCGAGGCGCAACUGGCCCUCGAGAAGGUGCUGAAGCAAAGCCAAGCGAUCGAGCACUUGGCCUCGGAGCACGAUCGCAUGAGUCGAGCGAUCGGCCGGGCGCUUCGCGCCGAGGGGGUGGCGGCGCGCGGCCGGCGCGCCCUCGAGGAAGCGCAGCGCGGCCGCGCCGAGGCGCGCGACAAAACUCGCGUCCUCGAGCAGAACGUGCAGGUGACUCGCGACACUAGGAUCGCUAGCGGCAGAGAGGCCCGGGAUCAAUGCCGCCAACUCGGCAGACUCGCUGGCAUUCUUGCCGAGGUCGAACGAGUCGUCGUCGAAGCUCUUCAGGUCAAAUCGGAAAUUCUCAAGGACGCCGAAGAAGAAGAGGACGCUGGUUCGUCUUCCAUCCUCGAUAUCAAAGAAAAAUUGCUCCAUUCGCUGCUUGACAUACUGGCGUCAUAUCAAGUUUCGACAAUUGAAGAAACGACGGAAUACGAAUCGGAGCCCGUGGAAAACUUGUACGAAUUCGGGAAUUUAGGAUUGAUACCAACGUAUUCGCAGGAAAAUGUAUCAAACACCGAUCAAAGCGAUGUCUUGAGUGAAGAUCCCAAAGAUGAAAAAGCCGCCUCGUUACAAGAUUCUCUAACGAUUCCGGACUGUUCGUGUGAUUAA